AUGGAUAAUAUCAAAGCCUACGGGGCGGGCUUGGCCGUGCAAGGCUUUGAUCCAAAUACAUUCUUCAAGAAACCGGCAGUUCUAUGUAAAUGUGCAGCAUUCCUUUUUGGCGCUGGGUUGUGGUAUUGUGUUUCGAAGGGCGGAUGGCACAAGUCUCAAGCAUUCAUUCAUCCAAUUUGUCUCUACAAUUCCUCUGCUCCGACAUGUUCUUUUGGAAGUGCCUUUGGAUUUUUCUCAAUGGCUGCCGCGUUAGCCUUACUUAUUCUUGAUGCCAAGUUUGAACAAAUUUCCUCAAUUCCUUCAAGGAAACGAGCGGUGACUGCUGAUUUAGCUGUUUCUGCUGCUUUCUCUGGAAUCUUUCUGAUAUCUUUUUUCACAUUAUGGAUGAGGUAUUCCGCGUUUGAGCUAAAUGAAGAAUACAGCGGUCGAUUGGCAAAAUUGGCCAUCUUGGAUUGUCUUCUCUCAGCUGCUGCUUGGGGGGGAGCGGCUCUUUUCGCUUUCCGACGGCAACAAGAAGGAGCAACAACGGGAAUAAUGCAACAAGAUGGAUUCGGUGAUCAAUUCAAUGCAAUGCCAGAAGAUGUUGCUCAAGGAUAUGGAUAUGGAGGAGACUCAACUGGCAUUGGCUCUGUUGGUCCUGACUCGUAUCAGAAUGGCGGCGGUGUGCCACAGCAAUCACAAAUGGGAUCCAUCCCACCUUCCAAUCCUUUCCACAGCCAAGAGGGAUAUGGAUAU